CAUCGCGCGAUAGCCGAAGGAGCAUCACGAUCGCGAUAUAAAUAAGCACUAUCGGUUCAUCACCGACACCAUCACCAUCAAAUGAGGAAAUUCCGCCAAUGAGUGAGAGUGAGGGACCAAUUCAACGAUAAGAGUAAACAGAAAAGUUCAUUCGCUCUCGACUUUCAAAUGUCAGCGAAGGCAGUUCACUCGGGUAAAGAUAGCCUUCAAAAAGCAGUUACACUGGAAGAAAUUUGCGUGUUAAACGUAUCCAUUUCCUGAAGUAACUCAACAAUAAUAUUAAAAAAAAUGAACGUUUUUGCAUUACUUUAGUUUUCAUAAUAAAGGGGAGCGUUCUUUCAUUACGUAACGCAAAAAAAACGGAUUUUUAGACCCCCCCCCCCUCGCAACAAAAUUUUCAUACAAAAUUAAAAAAAAAUGAAUGGACCGUAACACGGCCUCCGACCCCCCCCAACUGCGUUACGUAUUAAAAGUACACUCCCUAGCUGGAAACUGUCAAUCCGCAUAACACUCAACCUGUCAACACUCAGACAUGCCAACCUUUUAAUAUAGCGCUUGGGUUGCUGCCUUGGACCUUGGUAACGGCCUUGGCAUGAACUUUUAGUCAUCUGUCAAAAUUGCAAUCCAGCGGGAAAAGCUGCUUUUUCUGUUACGUUUUACUUGAAAAAAAUCUCUUGUUGUGCAAGGUAGACUGUUUUUUACAAAAAAUAAAAAUUUCAGAGUCAACUUUUACUUAAAAAAUCUGCUUCUAGAUGGAUGAGAACAACAAAAAAGGCGAUUCUUCGGAUGGUAACAGGAAAAAAACUAAAUCGGCACUGAUUAAAGAAUUCGUGGAAGAGGUCACCGUAGGCGGGAUCAAACAUUUUAAGUGCACCCAGAUCGCAAAAUCUUGCACCUACUCCCAGAAAGCACUCUUUCGACCGCAAAACUUCGAAAGGCACAUUCAAGCAGUUCAUCACGUCGAUAUCACGGAAGAUGGCAUCGUCCCUCGCCCGGAUACGGUCCAGAAAUUGGGACCGGAAAUCCGUAUCAGGAUGUCCAAACAAACUGUGAUCAGCGCGCUAAUCCGGUUGGUCACAGUUCAUGGAUUGCCUUUCGCCGCCGUCGAAUGGGAAGCCGUCCGGGAUUUGACGCAACCGGUUCUGAACGUGUUUAAAACCGUGAUCAACCGCCGUAACAUCGUGGAGGUUGUUGACAACGUUGCAGCUCAAAUUGCAUGCUUAAUUGCUGAAGAGCUGAAAGGCUCUCGAAUUUCUCUGAAACUUGAUAUAGUGAGUAAAAUGUACAGGAGUUUUCUUGGUGUUAAUGUGCAGAUAAUUACAAAAGGCGGGAAGUUUCUGAAAAGGAACCUUGGUAUAAUCGAACUCACAAAUCAGCACACGGCCGAAAAUCUUCUCAUCGAGCUGGUCAACCUGCUCUUGGAGUACAACAUUCCACUGAGUCAAGUCGCAUCGAUAACUAUUGACAACGGUGCGAAUGUGGUCAAGUUGACCCGCUUGGCAUCACUGCUGGCCGAGACCGAUCACUUCAACGCUACUGUGAAGCUCAUCGAGGGUACCUUAGCAGCCGAUGAAUCCGGCUACGACCAAGCCGAGUCCGGUGGCCGUGCUGACGAAGACGAGCUGGGUGGCAGAGACGAGCUGGGUGGCAGAGACGAACUGGGAGACGGAGGUGAACCGGGAGACGGAGGUGAACCGGGAGGCGGAGAUGACGAGGGCGGUCAAGACGACCUCGAGACUAACACUCAAGACGGCAAGGACGAAAUGGAAGAACAGAUCGAACAAAGUUCGCGUGAUCGAGAGGCUUGGAUCAAAGUCUUAGAAAAUAUGUCAGAAUCUAGUUUCAUCCUACCCGUGCGAUGCGGGGCGCAUACUGCCCAACUCGUAGUGCAUGAUGUGUGCAAGCUGCACAAAAGUGAACUGCGUGAAAUACGCACAAUUGUGAAGAAAGUCCGUCAGAGCAAGUACAAGGCUUUCUUUGACGUGAGUGAGGACGGCCGUUAUCCACCGCUCCCUAAUGAUACGCGCUGGUCAUCUGACUACAGAAUGCUUCUCGCUAUUCAAAAAGGUAAAACCUUUUUUGCCAACCUUGGGACGCAGUACAGUGAGAUAGACCUCUCAAAUUACUUUGAUUUUAUCGACGACUACGUUGAAGCCUUCGAGCCACUCGCAGAUCUAACUGUGUGCGUGCAGAAAUUGCAGACCACUCUAAGUGAUUUUUUUUUGGAGUGGAUCAAGGCUUACGGCAUCAUAACCGAGCUGAACGACAACAACCGCUUCAAACCAGCACUCAAAGGUGCAAUGGAAGAUCGCCAGCAUAAGCUUUUCGAUAAUAAAGCUUUGUUAGCUGCGAUUUACCUAGACCCACGGCUCAUGUUUAACGGGUCAGGAAUGCUGGAGUCGGACCAGAAGGAUGAAGCUAUUGUAAGCAUUUCCUCUUAUUUCGAAAAUUUGUCCAAAAUAAGAAAAUGUAAUAAUUUACAGCGUUUCCUGACAGAGCUGAGCGAGCGCCAAGCAGAAUCCACGUCGUUGGAUAAACCCGGCGGAAAAUCUUCGAAAAAGCCAGGCUCGUUCAGUUUGAAUGAUUAUCUUUCAGCGACUAUCGGUACGGAAAAGCCAAUUCCUAAAAAUGAACAGCCCCUUGAGAUGCAGUUGAGAGCUGUCCAAUUCUCAGAGCGCGUAGAUGCUGACUCUGACUUUGAUCUGAUCGAGUACUGGAAGGAGAAGUCAUCUGCUUUUCCGGCAGUAUGGCCGUUGGCACGUGUCGUGCUAGCAAUUGCGGCAACGCAGUGUUCCAUUGAAAGAGAUUUUAAUCUCUUUAAUGGAAUUUUGGUGAAAGCGAGAAGCCAUUUGGCCGGCCAGAACGUCAAGCGGAUCCUGAUCAUCCGAACGAACCCAGAACUGAUCGCUAAAGCGGUUAAAGCGUUGUACCCGGACGUGUAAGUGAAGUGAGAGAAAGUGGACUCUUGAUUACAUUCUUUUUCAUUCUAAAAAUCAUCAACUAGUUACAUGUAAAUCUACGAUUGGAUAAACUGAUAAUAAACAAUGAACU